AUGGAACCCCACCGCAUCCCCUCCAUCCCCGCCUCAAUGUACUACAUCCCCAACUUCAUCUCCCCCGACGAAGAAUCCCACAUCCUAAACAAAAUCCCCUCCAACCGCUGGAUAACCCUCACCCACCGCCGUCUACAAUCCCUCCCCGCCCGCCUAACAGCAACAAACACCCUCCUCUCAUCAACUCCCUUACCGGAAUUCCUCACAACGCCCAUAACCCCCCGCUUCAACGGUCUGGAAAUCUUCGCUGGAGCGCCCCACGGCGUCAAUCAUUGUCUCAUCAACGAGUACCUUCCCGGGCAAGGCAUCAUGCCGCAUGAGGAUGGCGCGGCGUAUCAUCCGGUUGUGGCGACGGUCAGUUUGGGAGGGACGGUGGUGCUGGAUGUUACGGAGAAGGGUGGUGGUAGUGGUGGUGAGAAGUUGGGGAAGUGGCGGAUUUUGCAGGAACCUAGGUCGUUGUUGGUUACGAUGGGGUCGGCGUAUACGGAUACGCUACAUGGGAUUGCGGAGGUGCACGAAGAUGACGACCUCAACGCGGAGACGGUGGCGAAUUGGGAGUUGCUGGGGGACAGAGAGCCUUUCAUCGCCAAUGGUGGACUGAACACGCGAACGACGAGGAUUUCACUCACGUACAGAGACGUCAAGAAAGUGUCGACGAUUGGGAGCAAGAUUCUCGGUAGGGGGAAGUCGUGA